GUGAACCACGCUUCGCCAUCGCCAUUCCCCCGACAAGAGCGUGACUGCUAUAACCAGUGUUAUCAGACAGUGGUUCCCAUGUGUUCCGAAUUUUGAGGUGACCUUAGCUGGCGUGCAUAAGCUGUCUGGUUUGAUACCAGUGUGACAUAGUGCAGUAAAACGCCUAUGCUUGAUAGAGCUACACCAAGGUUUACACAAACUGUUCUGCUAUAUAAGCUUUGCACGCUAGCGAUUUUAGUGUCAGAUAGCUAGCUAGUUCAUUUUACUAGGUUCGGUAUGGCAGAAGCGCAACAAGCUCGGGUUCAAAAUGCAGUAGAGGAGAUGGUUCAGGGUUUGGAACGGGAACACAUUCGCAAAAUGCAAGGCAUAAUGUUCAAGUGCAGCGCCGAUUGUUGCGAUCGGCCAUCGGACUCCAUGUCGCAGGUACACCAGUGCAUCGAACGCUGCCACGCACCUUUGGCACAGGCACAGAGUUUGGUUACCACAGAGCUGGAGAGGUUUCAGGACCGCCUGGCCCGCUGCACCAUGCACUGCAACGACAAGGCCAAGGACCUGUUCGACUCGGGGGCCAAGGAGCUGGCCGUGCGCGGCCUGAUGGAGAGGUGCGUGGGCGCCUGCGUGGACGAGCACGUCAACCUGCUGCCCAGCGUGACCCGCAAGCUGAAGGACAGCCUGGGCGGGAUCCCGCAGUGAGGGGCUGGGGGGCGUCGGCUUUCGGACACUCGGGACGGGCAGAGGCGCAGGCCCACACCCUCAGCCCUCGACCAGAGACCAGCGGGCAGAACGAGGAGAAAGCCUGUGGAGAUUUAUAAAGAAGUAUCGGCGGUACAGGCACACAGUAGGAUAGACAGUGGAGCCGACUCGGGAUAAAGCUGGGGGCAACAGUGGGCUCUGAAUAGGCUGGUUGGUUUUGCGUUUAGUUGUUUUGCUCAACAGACAUAUGCCAUUGGACUGUCUCAAGCAACUCUUCUCAACAAGAACUAGCGCACAUUCAGCAGAGAUAAAGGUGGUAGCAUAAACGGGUAUACAUACUACACACAUGCAGAAAACCUUAUGUCGACAAAAGAACGAUAACAAUCAUCGUUCAUUUAGUUGCAUAGUAAAGUUGAAACAAGCUGUGACAUGGCAUCACAACUGUGACAAGUCUGCUGCCUGUGGUAAUGAGCUUGGAAGGUCAGUGAUCAGACAUGGUCCUUAUGCAUAUAAAUGAAUGGGUUAUACUUAGCAAUGGACUUGAGUCUCUAGAAAUGUUUUUGACCUUAAUUCUGCACAUUUCUGUGUAGUUUACAUUGGCUGAUACAGCCCCUUUAGAGAGGCAGUGGUGAUAUCUCAUAUUAUUAAGGCCUUUGUGUAGCCCAUGCAUUUCUAUUUUAGAGUGCUUUGUGCUGACUUUUAUGUGUAACAGCAUAGACCAGAUAAACACUGAAGUGCCCCUUGCAGCAUGUUGAGUUUUAAUUCGGCCUGACUGGAUCUCCUCAACAAGACGUCCUCACUGUGAUGCUGUUAAAAUGUACUGUACCAUGUUGUUGUUUUUAUAACAAAUUAAAGAUGCAAAUAACAAAG